AUGGGAUCUGAGGAGAAACUAACGCCUUGGGCAAAAUCAUCUUCGCAGAAUCUUAAUCGGGAUGAUGUUGGAAACCAGGCACGAUUUUUGCUCAAUAAAUUUAUCUACGAGAGGAUGGUCGCUGAUGGCUUUGAAACACCUCUUGAAGAAUCAAACCUUGUUGAACCAGACACACCCACAGGUCCUCCUAUGGCACAGCUUCAAGAAAUUGGACGGGCCCUCCGAUGUAUUGGUGAUGAACUUGAUGGAGAUCAAAAAUUACAAGAAUUGAUUUCAAGAGUCGAACCAGGAGAUUCGCACAACACAUUUCUUAGAGUUGCCAAAGCCAUUGUGUCUGUUAGUUUUAGUUGGGACACAGUUGUCAAACUGUUUUUCUUUGCCUACAAAAUGGCCAUUAAAGCAUUGGACAAAAUACCUUUAAUUCGUGCAAUAAUCAAUUGGGUAAUUAAUUUCAUAGUAGAACAUCUUGCUGAUUGGAUCCUGUCUCGAGGAGGCUGGGAGGCCAUAGUGGAGUACUUUGGAACCCCCAAGAGACAAGCAUUUGGUGUUCUCAUAGCUGGCGUUAUUAUUAGUGCAGGAAUUUAUCCUUUCUUGAUCCACUUGUCUUUUCUGACUGGUCAUUCCUCUCCCCCACCCCCCUCUCUCUCUCUCACACACACAUACAUCAACAGUAAUGAUUAUGUUAAUCAAAUUUUCUUUUAG